GCUCGCGACGCGGAUUCCUUGAAGUACUUCCAUGAGCCUGGAGGUGACGAAACGCUCGGCCAUUAUGAUAAACGCUAUUUCCACGGCGUUGUCUCUGACGAAGAACGAACUGAUACCCAAAAGCACAUGGUCCGCGCAUACCUGACCUUCUUCCGUGAGCAAGAACUCGACACCUGGAUCGCGCACGGCACACUGCUCGGAUGGUGGUGGAAUGGAAAGCGACUACCAUGGGACUUCGAUCUCGACACCCAAGUUUCCGAGUCAACCCUCAAGCAUCUAGGCGAAGCUCACAACCAAACGCACUACUCUUAUGUCUCCGCCGACGGCGAUACGCAUCGGGAAUUUCUCCUCGACGUGAACCCAUGGAUAUGGCAACGUGAUCGCGGAAACGGCAUGAACAUCAUCGACGCGAGAUGGAUCGACGUUCGCAACGGCCUCUUCAUCGACAUCACCGGCCUCAGCGAAACACAUCCAGAUAUAAACCCUGGAAUCUGGAGCUGCAAGAACUACCACCACUACAAGACAGAUGAGAUAUAUCCCAUGCGGGAGACGAUGUUUGAGGGUGUACCGGCAAAGGUACCAUACGCUUAUGAUUCGAUCCUUGUAGCGGAGUAUAGGGAGUCGGCGCUCGUAAAUACAAACUUCAACGGACAUUUGUGGAGCGCAGAGAAGAGAGAGUGGGUAAAGAUCGUCAGGAACUACGCGAGAGAUGAACAGGAAGAGAAAGACAAGGAGCGAGAAGAGAGGAAGAAAGAAGUCGAACAGGCGCAGCUG